CAUCUGCCAUGGCGGCGCCCUGACCUCUGCGGUGAGAGGACCGGCCUGGACUCCCGGCUGGGCCCCGCGGCGGGUAAGCCCCCAGGAAGGACGGCAAGACGCCGUAGGGUGCGAGGGCCUCCCGGCGCCGAGCCUGGCUCUGAAAUCUCCGCUCCCACGGACCCGCAGCCUCAGUUUCCCCUUCUGAGCAAGAGUGUUGUGGGGGAGGAGUCCUGACUUCAUCUGGGUUUCUGCCCGGGAUCCAGGCAGCCCCCUCGGCUCUGAAUUAAGAAGGAAGGCCGAUGCCCGAGCUUGACUGACUGUUGAGAAGGCGAUGAAUGCCUAACCCGUAAGGGUGGGCUUCAGGGCGGUGGCAAGACAGAUAAAGAGAAGCCCCUCGGGGAGAGGGUUCCUGGAGCCCCUGACUCCGACUCUGCGCCCCUGGUGCUUGGUUCCUCCAACUUCCCAAACUUCACAGCCUGCCCUUCGUUCCCCAGCAGCGACGGUCAUGAACCGCUAUAGAGCCGCGCCUAGCUCCUGGUUGUUGAAUGAAUGAGUGAGUGGUGCUCCUGUCCCAGGAUCAGUGCAGGGCCGAGGCCAUGGUACAGGUGGCUCCCACCCCAGCCAUGGACGAGGUCACCUUCAGAAGUGACACAGUGCUGUCCGAUGUCCACCUCUACACCCCGAACCAGAGACACCUCAUGGUGCGGCUGAACAGCAUGGGGCAGCCUGUGUUCCUGUCCCAGUUCAAGCUUCUGUGGAACCAAGACUCUUGGACAGACUCAGGAGUCGUGGGUGGUGACCAUGGAGAUGGUCACCCAGAAAAGACUCCACCUUCUGGGGCUUGCUCCCCUGGCCAAGAAGGGGUGAGGGCUCAGCUGGACGAGGAUGGGGAUUUGGACGUGGUGAGAAGACCACGGGCUGCCUCGGACCCUGACCCAGCGGGGCCCCCACGAGACAAGGUACACCCCACGAUUCUAACACAGGAAGAAGAUGAUGUCGUGGAGGACAGAGCACAAGAAAGCAGCCUCCACAGUGUCAUCAAAAUAGAGCACACCAUGGCCACGCCCCUGGAGGACGUGGGCAAGCAGGUGUGGCGGGGCGCCCUGCUUCUGGCAGAUUACAUCCUGUUCCAGCGGGAUCUCUUCCGGGGACGCACCGUGCUGGAGCUCGGGGCCGGCACAGGCCUGGCCAGCAUCGUGGCCGCCACCGUGGCCCGGACCGUGUACUGCACAGAUGUCGGUGCAGACCUCUUGGCCAUGUGUCAGCGAAACAUUGCCCUCAACAGCCACCUGACCGCCGCCAGAGGUGGUGUGGUCAAGGUCAAAGAACUGGAUUGGCUGAAAGACAACCUCUGCACAGAUCCUGAGGUCCCCUUCAGCUGGUCAGAAGAGGAAAUUUCCAACAUGUACAGUCACACCACCAUCCUGCUUGCAGCCGAAGUGUUCUACGACGACGACCUGACUGAUGCUCUGUUUAGAACUCUCUCCCGACUCGCCCACAGGCUGCACGGGGCCUGCACCAUCAUCCUGUCAGUCGAGAAGAGAUGAGGAGAAGAAGACCAAGAGACCCUGGGGGACGGAUCCAAGCCACAGCUAGUAGGCAGUGACGUUACCCGAGGAUUCGAAUGCAGAUCAUAUACCAGAGCCAAGCUGCUUCGCCACCACAGCCUAGAGCCCCCCUUGCUAAACUUCCUCUCUGGGACGCCACCUGUCUCCUCUGCGUCCCCGGCCUCUGUCCUGUCCCUAACUGAAACUGAGCCUUGUCACCCAACAAGGCCCCUCCAGGACUUCUCUGCUAAAAUAUUAUCCCCCCGUUUACCGAUCUAUACAGCACUAGACACAUGGCACACAGUUUUUCUAAUACCUACAAUAGUCCACAAUGUUCUGGAGGUGAUUUGGAAUAUGGAGCCCAAACCAUCAAAGCAAACAUACUUAUUGACUCAGCAGUUCAGCAGCUAGAAAUUUACCCUGUUAAAUGGCUAUGGCAUGUGCAGAGCCACACAGACGUGCACGUCUGCUGCAGUGCUGCUCUGUCAAGGCACCUCUCCCCAGUGCCGGUGUGCAGCCCUCAUUGGGUCCAGAUCUUAGAAACUGGAAUGGAGAAAAUUGAGACUGGAAAAGUUGAACACUGGCUGGGUGUUUGAUACUGAAGAAUUAUUGCUAAGUUGUUGAUGGGGUGUGAUAACGGCAUUAUAGUUUUGAUUCGAGUCCUUAUCCUUUUUCAGAUACAUACUAAUAUUUACAGAGGCAAUUCCGUGCUGUCUGGCAUUUGCUUUUUAAUAAUCCGGGGGCAGGGGAGCAAGGACAACUGCAGGCCGUGGUGGACCAAGGCCGAGGCCAGUGGCGGGUUUGUGGCACUUCAUAGACCCAGUGCUCUCUCCUGCUCUGUGUCUGAAAUUUUUCAUCGGAGGUUUCAAAAAGUAAAGAGAACAAGGCAAAGAGUUUAAAUUUCCAGUUAAAUAGUUUUGCAGAUUAGGGCAUUGAAACGUGAGAAGGCAGAGCUGGGAAGACCCGGUUCCCAAGUCGCCCUCUCUGUGGAGUCUCCCCAACUCCAGUGACCAGGAGGCAGUCGGUAUGUCUGUCCUCUGUGCUCACUAAGUCCUUGGCCUGACCCCCGCCAUUGCCUUUUGUUCAUUGUUCCCACAAACCUUACAGGACAAAAGCCUUGAGCCAGAUUCUGUGCCGGUGCAGGCGGGUGGGAGGUGGGCAGAAGGCCACAAGCCCCGUCCUCACGGGCCGGCCCAGCUCCACCUCUUGCACUGAUCUGUGGCCCCUCAGAGGCGGGGGCACCAUCUGCAUGUUUCAUGUUUUGUGAUCUCGGGGACAGGACACCACCUUCCCAAGCCCCGGUCCCCACAUCCGUAAAACACCUCCCAGCAGUUGUGCAGAUUUGGGAAGGAAACACGCUCAAAUGCUUAGGACAUACCAGGCACCAAGUAAAACUCCACUGGUGUGAAGAGAGAGUGGUGAGGCAGCAGGAGAGCAAGUUGAGAAAGAGAAAAGCCAAACCCUCCCCGUGAAUGAUGGGCAGGCUUGUGUGUCGGUGGUCGGUUUCCAGGCUGAACUUCACGCUGAGACACUUGGACGUCACGUGCGAAGCCUACAACCACUUCCGCUCCCGCCUGCAUGAGCUGGAGAAGCUGGCAGCCGGCAGGACUCGGUUUGUGGUGGAGCCCAUAGAGGCCUCCUUCCCGCAGCUC